AUGGUGACAAGUGGCGAAGCAAUCUGGUGCUAUCGGUGCAACUCGGCGACCCCCGGGUGCGGUGACAAGUUCAACUGGCGCGGAAUCGGCUACCUCGGUGAUCCGUGCCCCGAGGACGAUGAUAUUUGUGUGAAGGUGGUCGAACGCAAAGGAACGAUGGAAACCAUAACGCGCGAUUGUCUGAGCUCGCUCCAGGGCUUCCGGACCGACAUACCAGCCGACAAGUACGAAGGAUGCCGCGUAGCUGCCAAAGACCCCAAACUGGCCCAUUACGUUAACACGUCGAUCAGCGAGCUGGACGUAAAGCGCGAUCACUUCGAUUCGACCAAGUUUUGCUUCUGUUUCCUAGACCACCGGUGUAAUGGUGCCACUGGGCUGGGCAAGGAAUCUCCCGGGAUGCUAAUUGCUUCCGUCACUUUAGGGUUAGUGCUGCUACUCAGACAACUAUUUUAAGCGCUAUUGCGAGUUAUAACGUGUUAACGCAGCAUUCCAUAGAGAGCCGUCCAUAUAGACUAACAAGCAAAAGUAUUUGUUUCGCUGUUAGCAAAUGAGUUUCUUUUUGUACAAACGAUCCUCCUUUGAGGUGAUACUAUAGUUAAAGAACCAUCCAUUGUCGAUAACGUAAGCGAAAAAGCACAAAUUCAACUGAGCAUUUCAAUACCGUCCACGUGAAACUCAAGACACAUUUUUUUAAUAAAUCUGAAAACGAAACCUUUUAGUCA